CGCCUCUCCAGGGUGCUGCAGCUGAUGAACCUGACGGACUCUCGUCUGGCACAGGCUGGCAAUGAGAAGCUGGAGCUUGCCAUGCUGAGCUUCUUCGAGCAGUUCCGGAAGAUCUAUAUCGGAGAUCAGGUGCAGAAGUCUUCCAAGCUGUACCGCCGUCUCUCGGAGGUCCUGGGGUUGAAUGAUGAGACCAUGGUCCUGAGCGUCUUCAUAGGAAAAAUCAUCACCAACUUGAAGUACUGGGGUCGAUGCGAGCCUAUCACCUCCAAGACGCUGCAGCUGCUCAAUGACCUCUCCAUUGGGUACAGUAGUGUUAGAAAGCUGGUGAAGCUGAGCGCCGUACAGUUCAUGCUGAACAAUCACACGAGUGAGCACUUUUCCUUCCUGGGCAUUAACAAUCAGUCCAACCUGACUGACAUGAGAUGUCGGACUACGUUCUACACUGCACUUGGGCGUCUUCUCAUGGUGGAUUUAGGGGAAGAUGAGGAUCAGUAUGAGCAGUUCAUGCUUCCCCUCACAGCUGCCUUUGAGACCGUGGCGCAGAUGUUCAGCACGAAUACUUUCAAUGAGCAAGAGGCAAAAAGAACUUUGGUUGGUUUGGUGAGAGACUUGAGGGGAAUAGCCUUUGCCUUCAAUGCCAAGACCAGCUUCAUGAUGCUGUUUGAGUGGAUCUACCCAUCCUACAUGCCAAUCCUACAGCGGGCAAUUGAACUCUGGUACCAUGACCCAGCCUGCACUACACCUGUCCUCAAACUGAUGGCUGAGUUGGUACAUAAUAGAUCCCAACGGCUACAGUUUGAUGUGUCCUCACCAAAUGGCAUCCUAACGAGUAAAAUGAUAACUACGUAUGGAAAUCGUAUCCUAACGCUUGGGGAGGUCCCAAAGGAUCAAGUCUAUGCCUUGAAGCUCAAGGGGAUUUCCAUCUGCUUCUCUAUGCUGAAGGCUGCGCUGAGCGGGAGCUACGUCAACUUUGGGGUCUUCCGUCUCUACGGGGAUGAUGCACUGGACAAUGCCUUGCAAACUUUUAUCAAGCUUCUGCUUUCCAUCCCUCACAGUGACCUCCUGGAUUAUCCCAAGCUCAGCCAGUCAUACUAUUCCUUGCUGGAAGUUCUUACCCAGGACCACAUGAACUUUAUAGCCAGUCUGGAGCCUCAUGUAAUCAUGUAUAUUCUCUCUUCCAUUUCAGAAGGCCUCACUGCACUAGACACCAUGGUUUGCACAGGCUGCUGCUCCUGUUUGGACCACAUUGUCACCUAUCUCUUCAAGCAGCUGUCCCGCAGCACCAAGAAGAGGACCACUCCUCUGACCCAGGAGAGCGACCGCUUCCUGCACAUUAUGCAGCAGCACCCAGAGAUGAUUCAGCAGAUGCUGUCGACAGUGCUGAAUAUCAUCAUCUUUGAGGACUGCAGGAACCAGUGGUCGAUGUCUCGGCCUCUGCUUGGCUUGAUACUGCUCAAUGAAAAGUAUUUCUCUGACUUGAGGAACAGUAUAGUGAACAGCCAGCCUCCGGAGAAACAGCAGGCAAUGCACCUCUGCUUCGAGAACCUCAUGGAAGGCAUCGAACGCAACCUCCUAACCAAGAACAGGGACAGGUUUACGCAAAACCUGUCGGCGUUCAGGCGAGAGGUGAACGACUCCAUGAAGAACUCCACCUACGGCGUGAACAGCAACGACAUGAUGAGCUGACGUCUCCCAACUCCACCUGUACAGAGCAGCAUCUCUUUGGCCUGGCCCAGAGGGGUUACCGUUUCCGAUGGAAAGAAAAGAGGGCGUUUCUAAUCCCUGCUCUUCCCCAGGGUUGGAUUGCGGCGCUCCAUUUGGGCUGUACUCCACGUCCCGAGGGAGGAGGGAACAGGAGGGGGUUGUUGAGCUCACCGGGGCAGGGUGCUUCUGUUUCCGUGGGAGGGGGUGGAAGGGCAUGAGCCCGGUGCAAGAAUCCAGCGUCUCCCUACCCGAAUGUCUGCGUGGAACGCCAGCGCUCUGCUGCAGCCUGCCUUGUAUAAACAUGUACAUUUUUUCAUAACAUUUUGAACAAGGUUUAUAUUGACUCAGUUUAA